AUGCCAGAUAACCUCGCCGCCGAGUCCUCGACGGCUCCCAACCUCGACGAUCACGACAGCCUGCGCGUGCUGAACCGGUCGCCCCAUCCGUACCACCACCAGAGCGCUGAGCUCCCUCAUUCGUCUGAGCGAUUCGUCCUGUACCAGGAGCCUGCCGCGCAUCGCAAUGGCGCCGAGCUGCUAUCGCCGACACGCUUCCCCGUUCUCUCCAAUGAGUCCUCGCCCGCCAGCGAGAGCGGCACCGAGGCCGAUGACGAGCAUUUCCUCAAGGGAUUGCCCGCGCCCAAGGCGAAGCUGCACAAGGGCCUGAGGGGCCGCAACGAGGUCGUCUCCGGCACGUCUACUCCGAUACCGUCGCCUGCCAUCUUGGAGGAGGACGAGACCAAGGCUCUCAGCAAGGCUCUGGCGAAAGAAGACAGGGCCAAGCGGCGAGCUCUGGAUGUGUGGCGCCGUAAUAGAAUCUGGGUUCGCCGAGCCACUGAAGCUGGCAUCGUCGUUGCCCUGGGAUGCAUGGUCUCCUCAAACCAUCUUGUCGCCCCGCUCGUCCAUGUUUGGCGCCAAGACUUUGAGCUAUUUGGCCUCCUCUGCGGAACCUUGCUGGCUGUUUACCCUGUGCGCGCCGUCGCCUGGGCGUACCGGCAUCGCCGCCCGUCGCGAUGGAUCCCGUUCCAAAUCCCGUCUGAUUUUGACCCGGCGCCGAUACUAUACCCGCCAACGAUUACGUUACUCGUCUUUCUACUGGUCUCCGUCGAUAAUCCGGUGGCCAUUCUCCCCAGCAUAAUUCUCGCCAUCUCCUCUCUCCCACAAGCGUUGAUACCCAAGCUCGAUCACACUGCAUCGUUCGACACUCUUCACUGGGCACUGUCAUGCCUACCUUUAACAUGGGGUCCAUCCAAGAUGAACUUGGCGUUCACCAGCGCGGAUCCGCUCAUAUCCCAAGAAUCUCUUGUUCUCCUGUAUCCUUUGCACCAGACGCUGUGCAUUGUACUCCAUCAUCUUACCACAACAAGCCUCCUCACUGCGGAGCUUCAAUUGCUCUCUGUGGCGCUGAUAUCGAUAUUGAUCCUGGCCCACUCGCCACAGAUGCAAAUUCUCAAGGCCCUUCUCUGGGUUGGGGGCCUGGGAACGCUGGUCUUCUGCGGGCCCGUCAUCCGAUGGGGCAUUGCUCUCGCCCGGAUCCCUAGAUGGCGCUUCCGCCCAGGUACAAGCCGGCCACAUCAGGUUUGGAGGGACAUACGUGCAACCUUGUCCUGGCACCUCGUUAAGAACGAGGUUCGGGCUAUUGUUUAUGGCUCAAGCGAGAGGAUCACGUAUGACCCCGACUCAUCCGAUGAUGGUGGAUCCCCAGUUUUUGAGAGCCCAAAGAGACACCACACAUUUGGACCCAUUUCAGAGGCCACGACAACGGCUGACGGCAUUGGCUUGUCCCCCAAGAGUGACCAAGAUGCAGCGUUUCGCUCGCCGGCUCGGAGACACACCCUGACCCAGCUGGAUAAGCUUGAGCGCAGGAGUUCAAUGCACACGCCGUCUGGCCGAAGGAAGCGCACAACUUCCAUUUCGAUGCUGCCUUACCUACAGUUGACAUACGCGCAAGCGACGAUACGGAAAUGGAUCUACGCCCUGUACGUCUACGUAUCGAUGCUGGCUGUCAUCCUGCUGGCCGUUCGCUGGCAUAUUCAAAACUACGCCCUCAAAGGCGAGGAGCCCAUAGGCUGGGGCCUUGGAUAUGCCUUUGGGGGUCUGCCGUGGUUCCGGUUCCAGGUUGUCAACGCGAAUCUCGAAAGAUGGAUAUGCCUGCCCGAGCUCUGGCCAGCAGGCGAUGCGAAGCAGUGCGGAAACGGCUGGGUGCAGCACGUCCGCCACGACGACUUUGGCGAGGCAAACACGAGGCUGAUUCUCACGGCCUACUGGCUGAUGAUCAUCGCCGUCGGCCUGGUCAUUGUGUUCCGUCUCAAGGAGACAUACGAGGUCGACACGAGGCGCAAGGUGUUUCACUUCAUGAUGGUGGGCAUGUUCCUGCCAGCGACCUUUAUUGACCCGACGUAUGCCGCUUUGGCUUUGGCGCUGGCGCUGGCCAUCUUUCUGAUACUUGACCUGCUGAGGGCGAGCCAGCUGCCGCCCCUUUCGAAACCGAUCGCCUCUUUCCUGGCGCCCUACGUCGACGGCAGGGACUUUCGCGGACCUGUGGUCAUUUCGCAUAUUUUCCUCCUCAUCGGCUGCGCCAUCCCUCUCUGGCUUGCCCUCGCGGCGCUGCCCCGCACCGGGUCCGGCUACCUCGCAGGCUGGGAGAUUCCGACAAGGGACGUCAGCAUGGUAUCGGGCGUCGUCUGCGUCGGCCUUGGAGAUGCCGCCGCGUCCCUCAUCGGCCGCCGCUACGGCCACCGCAAAUGGCUCUGGGGCGGCGGCAAGAGCCUCGAGGGCAGCGCCGCCUUUGCCCUCGCCGUCUUCACGGGCCUCGAGGCAACGGCCCUGUGGCUCCGCCUCGGCGGGUGGCCCGUGUCGGACGAUCCGCCCGUCGGAAUGCUCGCCGGCGCGCGCAACGCGGGGGUGUGCGCCUCGAUGGCGAGCCUCACGGAGGCGGUCCUCACGGGCGGAAACGACAACGUCAUUGUGCCGGUGGUGCUGUGGACGUGUGUAAAGAGCCUAGGCGUAUGA